UGAGCUGAAAAGAGAGAGAGAGACACUUCUCCCCCACGCUGCCGAUGGAGAACGCCAUCGCCGCCCCCGGCGAGACCCGUCGAUCCCCGCAGAUUCCUCGCCCCCAGCUCCCCUCUCGCCGCUCGCCGGAUCCCGCCGCUGACCGCGCUCUCCCCGGGGGCGUUUCUCCGGCGCUGCUUUCGCGCCAGGUUGUCUCUUGUUGCUGUGCAUUAGCAUAUUGAAGUUUCGUCUUUGGUUGCAAGAUGGAUGAAAAUAGGAAAAAUUUCUUCAGGAAACAUUCCAGUCCCCAAUUUAAGAGAAAAGGGGUCGGCAGCAAGAAAGGGAGAUUUAAUAAUUCUGGCCAUGAGCAAUCAUUUGGGAGCGAUGAUGCUGCUGACACUGUCUACCGCAUACUCUGUCCGUCAAGAAAAAUUGGUGGUGUUAUAGGCAAAGGUGGUGGCAUAAUCAAAGCCCUCAGAGAUGAGACCCAAGCAAAGAUUACUGUCUCUGAUUCAGUUCCAGGUUCAGAUGAGCGAGUAAUAACUCUCUAUAGUUUGUCUGCUAAAAUUUCAAAGGGGCGAAAUGAUGGAAAUUCGGCUGAGGGAGACAUGGAAAUACAUUGUGCUGCCCAGGAUGCGCUACUGAAGGUGCACGACAGAAUCGUUGAGGAAGAUCUUUUUGGUGGAAUGACUUUUGAUGAUGAGAAUGACACGACUUCAGUUACAGCACGACUUCUAGUGCCAAACAAUGUGGUUGGCUGUGUGCUAGGCAAACGGGGUGAUGUAAUUCAAAGAUUGCGAAGCGAGACCGGUGCAGCAAUUCGUGUUCUUCCUCCUGAACAUCUCCCUACUUGUGCUAUGAGCACCGAUGAAUUGGUGCAGAUAUCUGGUAAACCUGAUGUGGUGAAGAGAGCUCUUCAUGAAAUCUCCACUCUACUGCACCGAAAUCCUCGAAAGGGUGAACCGCCGUUAAAUAUGCCUAUGCCUCCUAGGGGCCAAGGUUUCCCUCCAAAUGCUCCCAUGCCAAAUAUGCUUCCACCCAUCAACCCAAUGUGGUCCCACCAUGCCUCGGACCCCUAUGAUAUGCCGCCAUCAAUGCCUUGGGCGCCCGACCAACCUCCGCGCUUUACACCAGGUAGUUUUGAUGGUGUUUCCCCUGGACGUGCAAUGGAAGCUUCUGCUGAGUUUUCAAUGAAGAUUUUAUGCUCUGUUGCAAAAAUUGGAGUAGUAAUUGGUAAAGGAGGGUAUAAUGUGAAACAGUUACAAAAGGAAACUGGAGCAAGUAUUCAUGUUGAAGAAGCAUCGACAGAGUCAGAUGAGCGAGUCAUUCGUGUCUCUGCUGUUGAGGUUCUUGCGGAUCCCAGAUCACAGACCAUCGAGGCAAUCCUUCAGCUUCAGGAUAAAGUGAGUGAAUUUUCUGAAAAGGGUACAAUUACGACUAGACUUCUUGUUCCUUCAAGUAAGGUUGGGUGUAUCCUUGGACAAGGAGGCCAUGUUAUCAACGAAAUGAGAAGGCGAACUCUGGCAGAUAUUCGUGUUUUUGCGAAGGAUGAUAAGCCCAGGUGUGCAUCUGAGGAUGAAGAACUUGUGCAGGUAUCAGGAAGUUUUGGUGUUGCUAAAGAUGCUUUGGCAGAGAUCUCUUCGAGAAUUAGAGCGAGGACACUUCGGGAUGAAAAUGCUGGAGGUAAAGCUGAUUCCAUAGGACCUCCUCGAGGAUUUGCUUCUGGAGGAAGCCUUCAUGCUAGAAGGCUCCCACUCUCUGGACCUGUGGGUGUUGGCAGCUCUUAUGAAUAUGAACAUUUCAAGGGUGGUCAACCUGACUAUGAACCGCUUGAUUAUCUGGGACCACGGGCUGCUGCUAUUAGAUACCACACUGUCAGCAGUGAUUUGGAGACUAGAAUUUCUAGGAAUGCGGUUGGUCCUGGUGUCGGAGGCAGCAAGAUUGCAAAUUUUGGUGAGGUCCUUGGAGGUAGUGUGAAACUUCGGGAUAUGCAAUCUGGUGGUCAACAUUCUGCUCUGGAAAGUCGUGGAUCUAAUCCUCACUUUCAUUCCUUUACGAGGUCUGGUGGGCAGAGCAUGACUAGUCAGCAAGGUGCCUAUCAGAGCACAGCUGCUCAUCGUGGCUCUUACCGGAGUAUCAGCGAUCAACCAAGCAUCUAUCCUCCCCAUAGCCCAUAUACCCAGCAAGAGGCAUCGCCUUUCAUUGGUGCACCACAAGGUGCCUAUGGCUACCAGAACAUAAGGGCUCAAGAAGGCCCCUUCCGGUACUGACAUCAGUUCGGACAUUUUUGUAUAUUAAUUUACAAGUUCUCACAAUGGUCAGCAUCAUUUCGGCAAUCUGACAGUUAUAAGUAGAGGUCACUGUUCAUUGAAUGGGAUAAGCUUAGAUAGAGCGGAUAAUCUUGUGUCGGGCUAUGGCAGAUUGUUCACCUGUUUCUGCUGCUAAAUUUGAACGGGCUGUUCCCAAAUAGUUGGGUUCUUGUACUGUCGGAUUAUGUAAAUUUCUCAUUAUUUUAGGAAAUGGAGGCUAGUGAAUUGAAUGGCAAGUCGGUGAGUUACGUGUAAUAUUAUAGGUUUCACAGAGAUUUUUCCGAUUUGUGGCAAAACUCAGUUGGAAUGAGCAACUGUUGUUGAGUUUUGA